ACCAUUUUACCUUUCAACUUCACUUUCAACCAGUAAAACCACUGCACAGGUCAGACCUGCUCAUCCAAGCAUGGCGACACCUCUCACCGACCAGGAGAAGCGCAAGCAGAUCAGCAUCAGGGGGAUUGUGGGAGUGGAGAAUGUUGCAGAGCUGAAGAAGGGCUUCAACCGUCACCUGCACUUCACCCUGGUGAAAGACAGGAACAUUGCAACUCCCAGGGAUUAUUACUUUGCCCUGGCUCACACUGUGAGAGAUCACCUGGUGGGGAGAUGGAUCAGGACACAGCAGUUUUACUAUGAAGCAGACCCAAAGAGGGUGUAUUAUCUGUCCCUGGAGUUCUACAUGGGCAGGACACUCCAAAACACCAUGAUCAACUUGGGGCUGCAGAACGCCUGCGAUGAAGCCAUCUACCAGCUGGGCCUGGACAUGGAGGAGCUGGAGGAGAUGGAGGAGGAUGCAGGUCUGGGGAAUGGAGGCCUGGGGAGACUGGCAGCAUGUUUCCUGGAUUCGAUGGCCACCUUGGGUCUUGCAGCGUAUGGUUAUGGCAUUCGAUACGAAUAUGGAAUCUUUAACCAGAAGAUAAGAGACGGCUGGCAGGUGGAGGAGGCAGAUGAUUGGCUGAGGCAUGGAAACCCCUGGGAGAAAGCACGUCCAGAGUACAUGCUGCCAGUUCACUUCUACGGACGAGUAGAGGAGACGAGAGACGGGUCCAAAUGGGUCGACACUCAGGUUGUUUUGGCGAUGCCCUACGACACGCCCAUCCCCGGCUACAUGAACAACACUGUAAACACCAUGAGGCUGUGGUCCGCUCGUGCCCCCAACGACUUUAACUUGAGAGACUUUAAUGUUGGAGAUUACAUCCAGGCUGUUCUGGACAGAAAUCUGGCCGAGAAUAUCUCCCGUGUCCUCUACCCUAAUGACAAUUUCUUUGAAGGAAAAGAACUUCGUCUGAAGCAGGAGUACUUUGUUGUGGCGGCCACACUCCAAGACAUCAUCCGCCGCUUCAAGACCACUAAGAAGGGCUGCCCUGGCCGAACCUCCUUCGAGAGCUUCCCAGACAAAGUCGCCAUCCAGUUGAAUGACACUCAUCCGGCCAUGGCCAUCCCCGAGUUGAUGAGGAUCUUUGUGGACAUUGAGAAACUCGACUGGGACACGGCCUGGGACCUCACCAGGCGCACUUUCGCCUACACCAACCACACAGUCCUCCCCGAGGCUCUGGAGCGCUGGCCUGUGGAGCUGCUGGAGACUCUCCUGCCCAGACACCUGCAGAUCAUCUACCAGAUCAACCAGGCCCACCUCGACAAAAUCGCAGCUCUCUUCCCAAAGGACAUAGACAAACUGAGGAAGAUGUCUCUGAUUGAGGAAGACGGGGGCAAGAGGGUGAACAUGGCUCACCUGUGCAUCGUGGGAUCUCACGCUGUCAACGGAGUCGCUGAGAUACACUCCAGAAUCAUCAAGAAUGAAGUAUUCCGUGAUUUCAGUGACCUAGAAUCAAGCAAGUUUCAGAACAAAACCAACGGCAUCACUCCCAGACGCUGGCUGCUGCUCUGCAACCCUGGACUGGCUGAGCUCAUCGCCGAGGUCAUUGGGGAGGAUUAUGUGAAGGACCUCAGCCAGCUGCAGAAGCUGAAUGACUUUGUUGAUGACGCUGCCCUCAUCCGUGACAUCUCUAAAGUCAAACAGGACAACAAGGUGAAAUUCGCCCAGUACCUGGAGAAAGAGUACAGAGUGAAAAUCAACCCGUCCUCCAUGUUUGAUGUCCACGUGAAGAGAAUCCACGAGUACAAGCGCCAGCUCCUCAACUGCCUGCACAUCAUCACCAUGUACAACCGCAUCAGAAUGAGACCCAAUGCACCUUUUGUACCACGAACGGUGAUCAUCGGAGGAAAGGCUGCUCCUGGGUAUCACAUGGCGAAGCUGAUCAUCAGGCUGAUCACUGCUGUGGCUGAUGUGGUGAAUAACGACCCUGUGAUUGGAAGCAAGCUGAAGGUCAUCUUCCUGGAGAACUACAGGGUCUCUCUAGCAGAGAAAGUGAUCCCUGCCACAGAUCUGUCCGAGCAGAUCUCCACCGCCGGCACUGAAGCCUCAGGAACAGGAAACAUGAAGUUCAUGUUGAACGGAGCUCUGACCAUCGGCACCAUGGACGGAGCCAACGUGGAGAUGGCCGAGGAGGCUGGAGAGGACAACCUGUUCAUCUUCGGCAUGAGGGUGGAGGACGUGGCUGAAAUGGACAAAAAGGGAUACGAUGCCAUGUCGUACUACAAGAAUAUCCCAGAACUGAAACAAGUGAUGGACCAGAUCACCAGUGGAUUCUUCAGCCCUAAAAAUCCAGAUCUUUUCAAAGACCUCACUGAAAUGCUCUUUAAAUAUGAUCGUUUCAAAGUGUUUGCAGACUAUGAGGACUACACGAAAUGCCAAGAGAAAGUCAGCAAGCUCUACCAGAACCCAAAGGAGUGGACAAAGAAGGUGAUUAGGAACAUCGCUGCCACAGGAAAGUUCUCCAGCGACAGAACCAUCACAGAAUACGCCACCGAGGUGUGGGGCGUCGAGCCGACCGACCUGAAGAUCCCUCCUCCAAGUGAGCCGAGGGAGGCCAUCGAAGAAACAGCCAGAGCUCUGAAGAAAAUGUGAGGCUGUUUCACAACCGAGGGGCUGCCUUUAUGUUUACAGAUCAUUUACUGUUUUCUUUCCUUGUGCUCUUAACCUUCAAGUCUGAACUUUUUCAAGAACUGUGGGUGUCUCAAAAAUGACAUCUGCACGUUUUCAUUUUCGUAACACUUUUUACUGUCAAACUACCUGAGUCAAAGAAUUUGCAUCACAGAAUUGUCUGUUACAGACCUUUAGCAUCAACAAACACAUUAAACCAAGUGUCAGUGCAGAGACCACAUUUAUUGUUGUCGUUUGUGAAUUCAAAUGGCCCCCCGGGCAGGACAAUGCACCAUGCCACACCACAAAAACCGCUCAGGAAUGAUCUGAGAAAUGGAAAAAGAGCUUUUUUGAGUCCUGUGAGUUGUGAGGUGGGGGACAAGUACAUACCACAGAUGUUUGAUCAGAUUGGGAUACAGGGAAUCUGGAGGCCAGUUUGACACCUUGAGCUCUUUGUCACAUUCCUCAAGUCAUUGCUGAGCAGUUUUCAUGGUGUGGCAUCACACUGUCAUGCUGGGGGGGGGGGCGGGCACUGGUACUUGGGAGUGCUGCUGCCAUAAGGGGGGGUACCUGGUCUGCACUGGUGUUUUGGUGGGUGGAGUGCGUCAGGUGGAAACCACAUGAGUCAGAACCCUAGGUUUCCCAACAGAACAUUGCAUUGUAACAAGAUGAUCAGUGUUGUUCACGUCACCUGUCAGUGGUUUUAAUGUUUUGGCUGAUUGGUGUAUACUUUACUACUUUUAUUAUGGACCCUACCUUACGACACCAGUUCCCCUCUCUGAUCAUCAAUAAAUUAAACUGUCAAACACCUUGAUUGUAACGCAAUGAUAUUCAGGCCUCACUAAUUGUUUUUGAACACAUAAAUUCCUCUCAAAUCAUGUAAACUGUCUCAUUUGAAACAACUUCUGGAUACUAUUAGGUAAUAUUUGAUUUUUGCUCUGUUCGUGAUUUGAACUGUUUUUGAAGUCGACCAGAUCUUUGAAUUUUAGUGCUUUAAAUUUGAUAAAGAGUGGGUUUAUUGGUUCUCUGUAAGUGCUUUUGUUUACAGUUCUUAUUGCUCUUUUUGUGAAGAAUGAAGAUUGGAUUUGUGUUUGAUUUCUAUGUAUUUCCGGCCACUUCCAAACAGUAAGUUAUAUAUGGGACUAAAACCCUGAUUCCAAAAAAGUUGGGGCACUGUGUAAAACGUUAUUAAAAACAGAAUGCAAAGAUUUGCAAA